UCCGUGUCGCGACCUCUUGUUGUUGUUUGUGUUAAUCGUGCUCCCAAUAUAUACACAUAGUUGGAAUAAACAGAUUGUCACCAAUCGUUGCCGCUGUUGUAGUUUUUGUUGCUGUUGUCGCCGCAGUGCUUUAUGUAAGCAUAAAUAUUCGCGUUUAUUUUCGGCUUCUGUGCUAAUAUUCGCGCGUGACCAGUGCCAACACAAUUGUGGCUCAGCGUCGGGCAAAAGUGACAUAAACGUGAACAUAUUGCACCUUAUACUAUAUGCUAGUCUAAGAAGUUGUUGUGUCAAGUGCCAAAAAGCGGCAACAUGAAAUCGAAAUACGAGAACAUGAAAAUUAUUUACAACCGCAGCAAAAUCGGUUGGUAUUGGGCGCCUCUUUUUGUGGCCUUCUGGUUUUUGCUCUUCUACCUGGUCGCUGUGCCCAGCUUCCAUCGCAUGCCAGAGCUAAAAACGUUGCAGGACGAGCUCACACGGCCAGGACAAUUCAUUGGGGAACGGGCGGAAAGCACACUCCUGCGACUGUCGAAAAUCGGACCGAAAGUGGUGGGCAGUGCGGCUAAUGAACAGGUGGCCGUGCAACUGCUGCUCAGUGAAAUUAGUGGCAUCAUGGCCGAGGCACGCACAGAUUUGUACGACAUUGAAAAGGAUGUGCAAAUCGCCUCUGGAAACUACUUGCUCUGGUCCAUGGUGAAUGUGUACCAGAGCGUACAGAAUGUUGUAGUGAAGCUGACACCCAGAAACUCCAACAGCAAUGCUACCUUGCUGAUCAACAGCCAUUUUGAUUCGGUGCCGGGCAGCUCCGGGGCUGGGGACUCUGGCAUGAUGUGUGUCAUUAUGUUGGAGGUGUUGCGUGUUAUUUCCAAAUAUGAAACACCAUUGCGCCACUCGGUUGUGUUUCUGUUUAAUGGGGCUGAGGAAAAUCCACUUCAGGGUUCCCACGCCUUCAUAACACAGCAUGUGUGGGCAAAAAAUGUGCGCGCGGUCAUUAAUUUGGAUUCUGCUGGAAAUGGCGGACGGGAAAUUUUAUUUCAAUCUGGACCAGAUCAUCCUUGGCUAAUGAAGUAUUAUGGUGCCAAUAUCAUACAUCCAUUUGCGAGCACCAUUGCUGAGGAACUGUUCCAAAAUGGUUUUGUACCCUCCGAGACGGAUUAUCGCAUAUUUCGUGAUUUUGGAAAAAUUCCUGGCUUGGAUAUGGCACAAAUCCUGAAUGGUUAUGUCUAUCACACCAAGUACGAUCGUUUCAAUCUUUUGCCCCGUCGAACCUACCAAUUGACUGGCGAAAACUUAUUGUCACUAGUAAAGUCCUUGGCUAAUGCGGAUGAAAUGGAGGACCCAUCUAAAUACGCAGAGGGACACAUGAUUUUCUUUGAUGUUCUGGGCUGGUUUGUAAUAUAUUAUCCGGAGGGGACUGGUUUGAUUAUAAAUAUUGCCGUGUGUGUGCUUGUCAUAGUAACCAUUAUCGCGUACAUCUGGAAUAUGGCGAGUAAUACGGGCAUGUUUAGGCGUCGAAUUUUCGCCAAGUUUGGAGUUUUAGCCGCCCUGCAGCUUUGUGGAGUGUGUUUGAGCUUUUCACUGGUGAUUGGAAUUGCUUUCUUCAUGGAUGCAGUGGGUCUUUCCAUGUCCUGGUUUUCAGAAACAUGGAUGGUCUUUGGCCUGUACUUUUGCCCCAUGUUCUUUGGUUUGGCAAUAUUACCAGCCAUCUAUCUAAGUCGAACCAAGGAGCACGGCCUGCCGCUUGCCUACGGUAUUCAGUUGCUUAUGCAUUCGCAUUGUCUUAUCCUAACUGUUAUUACGGUUGUUAUGAUAUCCUUCAACAUUCGAUCCGCUUUCAUAAUAAUGAUAUGCAUAGCCUUUUAUACCGUUUCCGUAUUGCUCAACAUGGCUACCUGCGCGCACAAAACAAAUUUCUUGUGGCUAAUACCGCACUGCGCUUGCCAAAUACUACCGUUCCUGUUCUAUACCUAUUGCUGUUAUGCAUUUUACGUCGUCUUUAUACCAAUGGCGGGUCGCGAAGGAGACUCAAAUCCUGAACUCCUAAUGGGUGGCUUUGCAGCAAUAAUGUGUCUACUCCUUGCACCUUUCCUGGUGCCUUUGUUCUGUUUGUUCCGAAAAUCGAAGACCAUCAUUUCCCUAUUUGGCAUUUGCACAUUGGUCUUCAUAGUUCUGGCUGCAACACCAGUUGCCUUUCCGUAUGCUGAAAAAACAGCGGCCCAGCGUUUCUAUGCCGUGCACACAGCGCGUACAUUCCAUAAUGGAGACGCAGCGAGCACAGUCAAUCAUACCGACUCAGGCUACUUUGUGUUACCGGUUGAUCGACGUCCUACCUCUGUGGAUGACAUACUAUUCGAGAACACUAAUUAUACCAGGGCUGAUCGAGCGGACUGCGAAACGGAGAUUAUGUGCGGCUUUCCCAUUUACAGUUCCCGAUGGCUUAAUACAGUUGACAACAGCUUCUGGGUGCCUGGUCCUGAACCAAACAAGAACUACCUGCCAUCGUGUACGAUCUUAAAUAAGCAGAGUUCGUCCUUGACCAAAGUGCUCUUCACGCUGGAGGUUUCCGGACCGGAUCACACCAGCAUAUUUAUAGAGCCAUUGAAUGGUGCCAAAUUGGUAGAUUGGUCCUUCACGAGAGAGCCCAUUGAAAAACAGUUGAAGCCACCAUAUUAUGUGUAUUGGUCAUAUGCCCUAGAUCCCACACCAAUUCGUUUUAACAUCGAAUUCGAUCGUGGUAGUGCUGAUUGGUCUGGCUCAACAUUUAAAAUCGCAAUCAUGGGCCACAGAAUACACGAUGAUAUGUUUAAUACGGAGGACUUUAGAGAGUUUCUGGCCACUUUUCCGCCCUGGGCUCACGUUUCCUCAUGGAUAAGUUCCUACAGCAGCUGGCAGUUCUGAGAUCCAGACAACCACUUUGAUAUUUUCUUAACAAAUCCCAGUGUUGCCAUGACAUAAAGUCUGCCCAUAUCGGUCUGCGUGCUUGUGAGUUCUAUGGCAACUCCGUGUCUGAUAAAUCACUUGCAUAUAGACAACCCAACGAACAAAGUGUACGCAGAAACGACACGCCACAAAUUGUAUUUAAAAUUAGUCCUUAGAUAUUUUGUGCAUGUGUGUGUGCAUUAAACAUAAAACAUUUGUAUUUAAUUAGUUA